AUGGGCGACCAAGACAUUAUGAAGUCCCAUGGACCCCCAUCUUCGGACCAACUCACAUGCACAUUCCACUCGAAAUGUCGUCCAGUGAAUCCCACUGGGGAAACUCCAAAAGAGCUCAGAAAACGCCUUGAAGAAGUCUAUAUGUCUGGUCGGCCUCUAUUCACCAAGAAAAACAUUCGCUACGCAUGGGCGCAGACCAAGCGGACACCCGGCAAUGGUGGCAAACUGUACUCUAAGGAUUUCAGGGGAAACACAAUCGAGCACGAUGUCACUAUGGGAAGAUCCCAUGAUUGGGAUCAUCAUCUCUGCGGAGGAUGCCAGGAGCACCAGCGAUAUGCUAUGUGGAGCAAUUUUUCUCUUUUCUACGUGAGCAAAGAUACUUUGAAGGCAAAUUUGAAGAACAAGAACGACGAUGCACUGCUUAGUCCUGUCUCCAUCUUGCAUCGGGGAUAUCUCGUGGAUGCCAAAACCAAUCAAGCCCUCCCACCAGUUCCUACCAUUGAAUUUGAACGGGUGAACAUGGUGAAUCGGAUCAGAAACUAUGAAUGGAAGGGAAGUCUGGCAUGCAGAAAACUCAAGGCUAUAUUGUCUGCUUCUGCCCAAGCCCACGACAUCAAGAAAACAAUCAGUUUUGCCCUUGGUUGCUUCUCCAGUACCGCGCUACAUUAUUGCGAAUGCAAGAGAUCAAUGGCUCAACACGCGCUCCUCCGAACACUAAAGGAGUGGCUACAGAAGAAAAAUGGCAGCAAGAGUCCAUGCUAUGCCCAGGAUCCCGGCUACAAUUCAAUAGACAAGCGGAUACUGGGGGAGAGUGGUAUACAAGUGAUUGAUGACCCGUGUGGCUGGCUUGAGGUUGACGAGCAAUCAAUGGUGGUCUCAAUUGGAGCCAGUCUUCCUGUCAAGGAAAUCAUCGCGGAUAUUGCUCGGCCUGCAGUUAUCAUUUGGGAACGUGUCGGUGUCACAGAAGCAAUUGGUUUGGCGGGGGAUUCUGACAUUGCAGAUCCUGGUUCAUUGCGCGUCCUACAAAUGAUGGAGGACUAUGAGGUGCAUGAAUUUGGUGCUGGCGAAGAAUUGUCCGCAUGGGGUAGUCUUGGGCUCUAUAUUCGGAAGUCGAAAACGGCCCCGAAUUUCAGAUAA